CUCAGUCUGAGAGGAUAAUCGCAGGUGGACAGGCCGGGAGACAAUCUGCUAACCCGAGGCUACGGCAGGAGCAGGUGUCCUCUCGUUUCGGGCCGACGGUCCACAUUUCCGCUGAAGGAGCGCGGCGCUCGUGCUUCCCGCCUCCCCCGGUCCAGGAUCCAGGAUGCGGACCUCGGCUCGGUUCGUCGCCUGCUGCGCGCUCAUCCUCAUCAGCAGCGGCGCGCUCCAGCUGACUGACGGCGCCAGAGGACCGCGACAGUGCACUGAGGCGGACUUCUACUACGAGUACACAGAGUGCGACAGCACCGGGUCCCGGUGGAGGGUGGCCAUCCCGCGCAGCCCUGGGACCUGUACCGGACUGCCGGGGCCAGUGCGGGGCACGGAGUGCACCUUCUCGUGCGAGGCUGGGGAGUUCCUGGAGAUGUCGGCUCAGGAGUGUACCCAGUGUGCAGCAGGAAGCUACUCCCUAGGCAGCGGCGUCCGCUUCGACCAGUGGGACUCCAUGCCCGCUGGAUUCAGCAGCCUGGCAACCAAUCCGGAGAGCAAUCUCCACGGAUCGGACGCAGUCACCUGCGACAGUUCUGUGUGGAUUCCUCAGGGAAACUACCUGGAGUCCAAUCGGGACGAAUGCACCGUCUCUCUGAUCUAUGCGGUCCAUCUGAAGAAACAGGGCUCUGUCAGCUUCGAGUACCAAUAUCCAGACAACAACCUGCUCUUUGAGUUCUUUAUUCAGAACGACCAGUGCCAGGAGAUGGAUCAGUCUGCCGAUGCCAAGUGGCUGAAGCUCACCAGUCACGGCGAGUGGGCCACUCACACGGUCAAUCUGAAGUCUGGAACAAACAUCCUGUACUGGAGGACAGGCGGCGUUCUGAUGGGGAGCAAAAUAGUGAAGCCUGUUUUACUAAAAAACGUUCAGAUUGAAGGCGUUGCCUACACUUCGGAGUGUUUCCCCUGCAAGCCGGGCUCCUUCAGUCGAGUCCCGGGCUCCUCCAUGUGUGAACUUUGCCCCCGGGACACCUUCUCCGGCCACGGGGCCAGCUCCUGCACCCCCUGUAACUCCACCACUCAGUACGCAGCUGAGGGGUCGGGCACGUGUAAGGACAGACCGCCAUGUUCAAAGAAGGACUAUUUCCAGAUUCACACAGCGUGCGACCACGAAGGCAAGACACAGAUCAUGUAUAAAUGGAUUGAGCCGAAGAUCUGUCUGGAGAACGUGACGGGAGCGGAGCCUUUGCCUCCAAGUGGGAAGAAAGAGCCGUGCCCUCCCUGUAACCCCGGUUUCUAUAACAAUGACAGAGCCACCUGCACGCCGUGCCCACCUGGGACUUUCUCUGAUGGAACAAAACCAUGUAAGCCGUGUCCGGCCGGCACCGAGCCCACCCUGGGCUACGAGUAUAAGUGGUGGAACGUUCUUCCGUCCAACAUGAAGACCUCCUGUUUCAAUGUGGGCAACUCCAAGUGUGACAGUAUGAACGGCUGGGAAGUGGCAGGCGACCACAUCCAGAGUGGAACCGGGAGCUCCGAUAACGAUUACCUCAUCCUCAACAUCCACGUUCCGGGCUUCAAACUGCCGACGUCCAUGUCGAGCCACUCCGGGACCGAGUUCGGUCGCAUCACGUUUGAGUUUGAAACCGUGUGCGCGGCGGACUGCGAGCUCUACUUCAUGAUGGAUGUAAACAGGAAGAGCACAAACGUGGUGGAGUCCUGGGAGCGGACGAAAACGAGGCAGACCUACACGCACGUCAUGACAAAGAACGCCUCGGUUUCCUACACCUGGGCUUUCCAGAGGACCAACCAACCCUCAGACGUCCGUCGGCACGUCAGCGACGUGGCACGCAUCUUCUCCAUCACGGUGAGCAACGCCGUGGACGGGGUGUCCUCCGAGUGCCGCGUGUGCGCGCUCAGCACGCAGCCCUCCAGCUCCACGUGCGUGCCGUGCCCGCCGGGGCACUACAUCGACACGCAGACCAGCCAGUGCACCGAGUGUCCCCCGAACACGUACCUCACGCCGCACGCACUGCCCGGUCCGGCGGCCUGCAAACCCUGCGGCCCGGCCAGCAAGAGUGACAAGGACCACCGUCUGUGUUACAGCGAUUGUCACUUCACCUACACGGAGGGUAAUGUCUCUCUGACCUUUGACCUGAGCCAGCUGGGGUCUGUUCAGACGCUGAUGAACGGUCCCAGCUUCACCUCCAAAGGAACCAAGUACUUCCAUCAGUUCAGCCUCAGCCUGUGUGGAGGGCAGUUGGCCGUUUGCACGGACAAUGUCACAGACCUGUCCGUGUCCGACUCCCAGAGAGAGAAAGGCGACGGAACCAGCUCCGUCAAAGCCUUCAUCUGUAUGUCAACAAUCAUCCCAGCAAGUGGGCGGGGCUUCAACACGGCUCUCUCCUCACAGUCCAUCAACCUCGCCGACACGUUCCUCGGAGUGACUGUAGAUAAUGAGCUUGAAGGAAUCAAAGCAGCACCUGAGCUGUUUCCAAACACCGCUAAGAAAGUCCCAGAUAUCAACUUCUACUACAGAUCCCUGGAAGUGACUUCCUCCUGUGAGUCGGGCCGAAGCACUGUUGUGACGCUGCGCUGUAACCCAGAGAAGAGUGCUAAAGGAGAGCUCUCCGUUCCCAGCUCCUGUCCUGCUGGGACUUGUAAUGGAUGCUCCUUCUACUUCCUCUGGGAGAGCUCUGGGGCUUGUCCAACGUGCACGGAGAGGGACUACCAUCAGAUAGAGGGAGUCUGCAGGGCAGGGCAGCAGGACCUGCUGUACGUCUGGAACGAAUCGAAGCUGUGCAUGGGGGGCGUGACGCUGCCCGAGAAGCAGACCGUGCCGUGUGAGGGGAUGGAGUUCUGGGUCCGGCUCGGUGCGGGCCUGGGAGCUUUCACCGCCCUGCUGCUCGUUUCUCUCACCUGCUACUUCUGGAAGAAGAAUAAACGGCUGGAGUAUAAGUACUCCCGGCUGGUGAUGUCUGCCAAUAAGGAGUGCGAGAUGCCAGUGGCCGACAGCUGUGCCGUGAUGGAGGGAGAGAACGAAGGAGACAUGGAGGAUGAAGUCGUGUACUCAAAGCCGUCGUUACUUGGCAAGCUCAAAGCCAUCGCCUCCAAGGGAAAUGGAGAGAAUUAUGAAAACGUGCAGCUGAACUCAUCUCAUUCCAAAGCACUGGUCUGGAGCUAGAAGAGGAGCUGGAAGCCAGUGAAGCUGGUAGACCGAGGGGCGGGGGGGGCGAAAUAAAACCCCCCAAAACCUCGAGAGACUUUCCACUGAGUGACCCCUUUAACUAACCACCCAUUUUAUGAGCUUUGGUACCUGGAAAGCCAGCUGUGUGUGUGUACGUACGCAUACACACACACACACACAUACAGGCAGACAUCAUGCACGUAGAGCCGGGUUCACUGAAGUCACGCUAACACGGUGGCCUUAAAGCUUGGUACGACGGAGCGUCCGACUCGGAGCGUGGCACCGUGAAGCCAGCGGGUGGCAGACGCUCUGGUAAAUCACUGAAACAAACUGAUGUCAGAAAUGUUCGAAGAGCUCAGGGUAAGACAAGGACCUACUGGGGAUGUUCGUUUUAUUUUUUUAUUAUUUCAAUUUAGGGUCCUCUGCGCAUUGUCCAUUAUUUCGUCAAUAGAUAGGGUGUGUUUUUCCGGAUGAAUCGCCGUGGUUUGUGUGAACAUCCACUGAGAAUAGAAGGACAAAGGUUGGUUCGUCUCACAGUGUAAAUCGCAUUACGUCUAAUCUAUUUAAGUUAUUUUUCGCUUUGUUGAAAUCAUU